CCGGAGCGGCGGCCGCCGCCGCGCACGGUAGCGCAGUAGUUCCGGAUUACCCUCCAAGCGCGCCGCCGACCCGCGUAGUCCUGCGACCGCGUCAACCGUUCGCGCCGACGGACGACGACGAGAGAUAUUUCGCGCGAUUUCGUUCGAAUAAAAAAAAUCCCUCCACCGGUUGUAAUAACAGUAUCGUCGUUGUUGUCGUUGUUGUUAUUAUUUUCAAUUAUUUGUUUGUUUAUUUAUUUUUUUGAUUUAAUAUUUUCUUCGAUUUCCGUCGGGGCAGUGUCGUCGGGUUUACGCGCCGUCGUGAAUAAAAUACACCGUCCGCUAUCCAGAGCGGUGUCCGAGUGCGAUUCGGAAUUUUAUAAAUUUUUUCGUCGUUCUGCGAUUGCCAAAGUCGGUUGUGUGUGUAUAUGCGCGCGUGUUUUUAUUUUUUCGAUUUCAUAGCCGUGUCGAGUUUGUUUAUUUUUCAAAAAAAAAGUUACGCAAACGGUUUUGUAAUAUUAUAAUAUUAUACUCGACGGGCUUUCUAUACGACCAAACCGCCGAAGUCGCCACCGCCGCCACCGGUAGUCAGGCGAGAACCCGGUCGCAGUUAAUAGAUAUUCAGUCAAUUAAGAAAUACAGAUUAAUAGUACGGGUUUCAUAAAGUCCAUAUAGAAAUACGUUAUCGAUACACUUACAAUGCGAGUCAGAAAUUGGUUUUGUACCUAGGCCGAUUAAGUUGUGAAAUCAGUGGUAAUAACUUUCCAAAAAAUUGUCACAAAAACAUACGGCUGGUGUAAAAAAUUCAACGCCCAUAACCACGGUACAACUUAUACUGCUGUGUGACUUAACAGUGGCGUCCGGUAUGCCAGCGGACGGCCACGGUGACGUCCUCAACCGUUCGUGAUCGCUGUGACUGUUCGCCGGUAUGGUGAAACGGCCGGUGACCGAGUACAAUACUCCGGUUACUUCGCAGACGCCUACUAUACCGCAACAGCGGUCAUGGAACAUGGUGACGACGUGUUCAACCAUACCCCCACAUCCGUCGUCACGUCACUCGAUCCACGGGACUCACUCUACCGGUUGAGUGUCAUGGAUAACGGCACCGACCCCACGGUCCAACAGGUGACCGGCGACAUUAUGGACUGGUCCGAUUACGUGUCGGUGGCGCUGAAAACGUCUAUCAUGGCCAUCAUUAUACUGACGUCGAUUGGCGGCAACCUGUUGGUGAUCGUGUCCGUCGCUCGACACCCCCGGCUCCGGGUGAUCACCAACUACUUCGUCGUGUCGCUGGCGUUCGCCGACAUGCUGGUGGCCAUCGUGGCGAUGACGUUCAACGCCAGCAAGCUGAUCAGCGGCAAGUGGAUAUUCGGGUACUUCAUGUGCGACGUGUGGAACUCCAGCGACGUGUACUUCUCCACCGCGUCCAUACUGCACCUGUGCUGCAUCAGCGUGGACCGGUACUACGCCAUCGUCAAGCCGCUCAAGUACCCGGUGCUGGUCACCAAGCGGCUGGUGGCGUUCCUGCUACUCGUCACGUGGGUGGCGCCGGGCAUCAUCGCGUUCGUGCCAAUCUUCUACGGCUGGUACACCACCGACGAGUAUCUAGCCUACCGGAUGGCACACCCGGACGACUGCGAUUGGGUUGUGAACAAAGUGUACGUGAUCGUGUCGUCAUCCAUAUCGUUUUGGAUACCCUGCACGAUCAUGCUGUUCACGUACCACGCGAUAUUCAAAGAGGCGAACCGGCAAGAGAAGCAGAUCCACGCGAGGAUCAGUUGCGGCCAGCAGAUCAACUACAACCGGGAGCUGGCCGAGAACCAGCUGCGGUCGUCGAACGGCGCCGCCAACGGGUCGUCGUCCAGGACCACACUGGCGCCCAACGAUCACCACUCGACCCCUUCCCGGGACAACAGGAACAUCAUCAAGAUGAAACGGGAGCACAAGGCGGCCCGGACGCUGGGCAUCAUCAUGGGCACUUUUAUCGUCUGCUGGCUGCCCUUCUUCCUGUGGUACGUCAUCACGACGCUGUGCGGUGAAGCGUGCAACAUUUCAUCGUCAGUGGUGGCCGUGCUCUUCUGGAUCGGUUACUUCAACUCGACGCUGAACCCGCUUAUCUACGCGUACUUCAACCGGGACUUCCGGGAAGCCUUCAAGAACACGCUGCAGUGCGCAUUCUGCAACCUUUGCCGGAGCCCGCCGUCAGACUUAGAGGCGCUGGACGCACGGAGACCGUCGCUACGGUACGAUGAUCGCACGCGCAGCGUGUACUCCGAAACGUACCUGAACCACUGCGACAGGCGCAGGUCCAGCCAAUUCGGCAGCAGCUUAUGAUCCACCCCACCGCCAAGACCCCGGCCCUGAAUCUAGAGCUUUUUCCGCACAUCCCUCGCCGCCGCCACAACCUGCACCGACGCCCCCGCGCCAAUCGCCACUGGAGAGAAACCCGCCAUCCCCGAGGGAAACGAAAAAGAAGAAAUCGAAAAUCAGCCGCCACGAUUAUUAUUAGUCUUAUCGCACCCACCGCGACGUUAUCGUACUACGAUAAUACCUAAUAUUAUUGUUGUAAUAAUUAUAUGAUAGAUGCAAGCCCGGAUUAAGGGGGGGGGGGGCAUGGCCACCGGUCCUCAUAGUUAGAAUUUAUUUAGGGGCCUCAGAUUUGUCCAUUACUGUUUUCGUUAUAGGUUUAUAACCUUGCAUAAAUCUCCUAAAAAAAAAAAAACGAUGAUUAUUUAGCGAUUAAAAAAGCUUGUAAAUUAUAAUUUAUUAAUAAAAUGAUACA